AUGGGUUUCAACGGCUUGUUUGGAUUCACGCGUUGUAAACAGACGGGCAGUCCGUGAAAGUCCGCAAGUCGAUAACUAUCGUUCAAACUAGAGACAAGGUUAUCCCUAUUCAGUUAAAUACUCCAAAGAAGUAUUCAUAGAUAUUCAGGCAGUUGAAACGUUUAGUACUGUUUGCGUGGUAUUAUACCUGUCGUCGUGUUCGUCACAUUUGUCGCGUUACACCAACGUAAUAAACUAAAGGAUGCUAAAUCUUCUGUCUCUUCAGUCGUCUUUCGUGAGUUGUGUGAAUCUACCGAGUGAUUGCGUUUGACCUGUUUGCCCCAUUAAAUCAUUGGGAUGAAUGAGGCUUUUGAAGAUCAGGCGGAUGGUACGUAUUUCCAGGAAUACUAAAGUUUUGUUGCAAAAAAUUUGUGCCGCUUGUGAGAAUUUCGUUUCGGAAUCGUCCGAUUGUUUGUGCCCUUCCUCCUCGUCCUCGGGCAACUCCUCGUCGGCGCUCUCGAGUAUUAGGGAAACGGUCACACGUCUUAUUGAACGUUUACGAGAAUCCUGGACCCACGGAGAUGAACUUUUGGAAGAGUUACGAAAAUUCCUAGAGGAAGUUUCCUACGACGGUCGGGUGUGCCUUCCACAAUUUGAAGAAGCGUUUCGAGUAUGGGUCGCCAAGAUAUCAUCUCGUGUCAAUCUUCAAGAUGGGAACAACAAUGUCGAGAUCAACGGAUCGGAAGGCCGAUGCUGCAGGGACAUCGGUUCGAGGAGGCACCAGGAAGGUAUUGUAGUUAUGAAUCGUUAUGCAGCAGUGUGGUACGAAGAUGCUCUAUCCUGCGGAAGUACCGAUGCAAGCAUUAGACAUAAUGUGGCGGGUAACCUCAAGGACAGUGACGAUACAGAGCAGGAGAGUUUUCAGGAUUCUUCGAGUGAAACAUCGGUGGAUAUUGGUAAAAAGUCCAGUCUCGCCGCUGCUGCUAUUCCGCCAAUUGGGAAAUACGAGUUUAUCGAGGGUGGAGAUACAAAUUCAAUGGAAUUGGAACGUAGUGAGUUCAAAUACCGGCAGCGUGUGCGCAAAUACGAGGAAGAGAAUAGCGCGCUUCGGGAGGAAUUGGCGAGAGUCGAGGAAUCUGGCGAAGCUUUGCGGAAUCGCAUCGCUUUGCUCAGCCGGCAACUGGAGCGCGCUGAGCAGAGGUGCAAGCAACUCGAGAAGGAGAACGACGAUCAACGCGAAAUCCUGGAGGCGAACGAGAGACGAGAGAGAGAAUAUAAAAUCGAAAUUCAGAGAAUUGAGAAGGAACGCGCAGCGAUUGCUGAGUCACUAGAGAAGGCGGAAACGGAUAGGCAGAGCAUACCGACUGUGCUUGCCAAACUCGAAAGGAUCACCGGAGAGAAGUCCGAAUAUUCUCGAAGACUGAGGAAAAGUCAAGACAAACUCAGGGAGAAGGAGAUGGAAUGCGAAGUGCUGCAGGAAAAGAUUGCCCAGCUCGAAAAGUAUGACUUCAAUUUACAGGAAUCGUACGAGACUACAGUGCGCCAUCUUCGUCGUGAGACUCGAGAGUUGCAGGGACAAAUCGCCGAAUUGCAGAUGGAACGGUUAAACGACUGUCAGUGCGACGGGUUUUCCUUGACUCCGCCGAUGGGAAACGUGAGUGCAUUCGUACACGCAACACCUCGCACAGUUCCGAGGAUCGAGCCCGAAAGUUCCUUGUGUGCCGAAUUGCAAGCUUCCGGUUUUUUUUGCGAGCCUCGCAGAAACGAUUCAAAAUGCCAAGAACUGGAGGAAGAGUUGAAUUAUUAUAAGAACGAGAUUCGUCAAACGCUGGAACUCUUUGACAAGUUGAUGCUCGAGCUAAAUUGUCCUGCUUUGAAGGGAGACUCACCAAAGGUGAUUGAAUCCGAGACGCCGGAUAUUCAGAUGCUUGGACAGAAAGCUUCGCUAUUGUUGGAAAUGGCAACGCAGCUCCUUCGAAAUCAGCGUGAACUCAAGGACGCAAGUGUAGAGGUCCGACUCGAAUCAUCGAUGGGCCAGCGACUUGAUGAAUUCAAUAUUCCAACAUUUAAGGACCGACUGCAAUGCAUACGCUCUCAGCAAGAAGAAGGACAAGUAAGAAAGUACCAAGGGGACUCGCUACCGUCGCGACCGUCUACCCUCAAGGAGAAACUGGUGGGCGAGACCAUCUUAAGGCACAAUUCUCCUACCGCGAACGUCUUUUGUGCAUCAGAGGCCAUUCAGGCUUCUGCUAACACCGUCGAUACGAUUAUUGGCCCAAUCGUCGCUGCCAUUGACGAGAUCAUCCAAGGGAGUCCUAGUGCCAGCAGCGAGGUGGAUUCUCCGAGAGGAGGAGAACGCGCGAGCGUCCUCGAUUCAAGACACAGAUGCAGCAGAUACGCAUACACCCUGCCACCCUCGAAGAAGCGCAGUCUGAGGGACACGAAUCUCUCGAGGGCCGAUACAUCUCCGACGUUCCCUUUGGAACGUCCCGACGUCAUCGAGACGCUCGUCUCCUCGAGAGGGGACGGCUGCCCGACAAAGAGAGACCAACUGCGGCGGGGCGUCACGGAGAGUAUUACAGCGGGAAGACAUAGCAUUUCUACGGGGAAUUUCGAGCCCGAGGAACUUGAUCCGAGUCUGCAGAAUCUCGGGAUCAAAACGGAAUCAUCGAAAUCAUCGAAAUCAUCGAAAUCAUCGAACUCCUCCGGAGACGAAGACGAGGAAGCGGAAUUUACUAGUCCGCGUGCUGGUAAUCCUCCCGCGGCGAAGAGAAAGAUAUCCGUCUUUCAUCGUUCCUUCGAAUUGGACGCAUUUAAGAAUAAAGUACUCGCAAAAACAAUGAGCUCUAAAAGCACGACGGCUGUUAAUUCGUCACUUGAACGUCUGAAUAUGCUUACCGGAAAUCACCAGAUUCAGAGUCAUCGACUGAAAAUUGCGGAGACCGAAUCCACCAGCUCUCCGUCUACUUUCGAGCACGAUACCAGUAGCCCAGAAGAGGAGAGUGCCCGCUUCGCGACAGAGUCCGAUCGGCAGCAGGGACCAGGAUUUGUUUCAUCUCCAACAAAGAUUUGUAUAUCCCCGUUCUACGAAAGGGAAAUGAGCCUGGAGAAGGAAGGCGAGUCGGAGAAUUUGCUGGAAUCGAUUGACUCGAAAAACGCUCUACGGCUGCCGCAUCUUUCCUCUAAGGAGCAAAAUUCUGAGCAUUCCCUCGACAAAAUAUCGUCUUCAGAAGUGAGGAGCGACGAGAAAGAUUUUCCGCGAAUUCUUCAGAAGAAGAAGAAGGAAAACGAGGGCGACCGCAACGAGAAGAGGAACAGCGGCGGCGGCGGCGGCGGCGGCGGGCGCAAGAUCGAAAGCGAAGAAGCGAGCGCAGGUCCGGCAGUAGCGUUCGCGAUGUUCAGCGGAGAGGAUAGUUCCGACAGUGAAUCAGAUUCAAUCGUUGUGAGUGAGAAACGACGUGUGCACGAGCAAGCUGCGGAGUCAUCUCGAUUCACAGAAACCGUCGAAGAAGCUAAACUCGCAUCCUCGACCCCCAUCAGCAAUGUCACUGGGUUCCCCACCUUCGGGAAGAUCGUCUCGCCGAUGUCGCCGACGUCGCCGACGUCGCCGACUCUCGAGAAAACCGAGAGUGGGAAGAAGGAGUCGACAGGUCUGAAGCGGGAGCGCCUCUCGGGCUUGAGAAGAUCUCUCUCGGAGAGCGAGAGCGUCGUCCGCGGAUCUUCAAGGUAUUGCUCUCGUUGCAUAUCCUCGGAUCCUCUGACAGGGCUGGACGUCACUUCAGGGACCUAUUCCAACAGGGCAGAAGAGCGACCCAUCCCGAUCUUUCCAAGUCUUACGGAUGCUCGAUUACAGGAGUCCGGAAUCGCCAAUCUUCCCGAUGGAGAUCAAUUUGGAGCUACUCUUUCCGAUGAGGAUCUCGAGAGAAAGUACACGGCUCUUUCCGUGGGUCUCGGAACGGACAGGGUGACCUUGCCGAAGCGAAUGGCCUUGAGUUUAAGACAACGCGACCAGGCAGAGAAAAAUCUUGGAAGGGAGGUGCAAAAGAUGCACGAGGACAUUCAGGCCCUCGCCCCGCUUUGCAUCGACAGGGAAUCCGUCGAGAGGGUCGAGAGGGUUAGACAUCAGCUCGAGAUGAUCGGCCAGUGCGCACACAUUGUCUCUUGCGCGGCGGAGACUCUCGGUGCCGUUCAUCAGGAGCAGAGAAUAUCCAGAGCAGUUCAUCUCGCCGAUAGGUAUCUCCGAGUCUUGCGCACCAGAUGCCAGAAAUUGGCCAGCGAACUCACGGAAACCAAGCGUGUACUUACGGAGAACAACAUAAUGGUAGAGGAAUCGCCAAGCGAGCUGGGAGACGACGUUCCUCGACUACGUUAUCGCAGUCUUCCCACCACCAAUCGUACAAUGAUGACCAGACGAAGGGCCAGCAUAGCGACGAUAUCACGGCCACCCGGGACUCCUCUGGAUCAGGUUGCAAAGGAGGGUACCAAACAACGAAACUCCGUCUCUGGAAGGAUGACCAUGAGAAGACCAUCGCUCAGUUACGACGUGCAGAAAUGGGAGAACAAUAAGCUAGACCGAACCGACAGCAGUUCGAGCAGUAUCGCCGGCGAAUUGCGCGAGAUUUUCGAGCAGGCGGAAUCACGACGAAACUCCUUGGAGGAAAACAAUAAUCUCGUGAGGAGUCGCUCGAGCAACCUUAGUCUCGGAAGCUGCGACAGUGUCGAUUCCGAUGUCUGGACCAUAUCUAGAGACGAUUUGCUCCCGGAGAUUCCUGCCUUUGAGAAUUUCCCUCCAGCGUCGCAACUCGUGAGUCGCAGGACAUCCCAGGUAUUACGAAGUAUACAGGCACGAGUGCAGGCUCGCAUCCAAAUACCAAUUCAGAGCUGCUUAGGGUCCAUCUCAAUUUUCUGGUAUAUACUUAUUUUUGCGCUUUUCUGUGGAUUCUGCAUAAACUUGGCAAAGUCCUCGACCUCAAAAUGCGGAGAAACGCCAUUGAAAUGGUGGUCCAUUCAAGAGAUACUUGGACAAUACGUACGGGUGCGACAGGGUGCCCCGAGACCCAUAUAACAUAAGAGUAUAUCAGCAUAUAAACCCCCUCAUCGCGAGGAUCAUCGUCUUAACGUUAGAAGAAAUCCCUCUUAUCAUUAUCAAUUUCUAUUCAUUCAAUGGGGGGGGGGGGGCGGAUUACGGUUCAUGACGCUCACGGGUCAUUCUAAAACUGCCGUCCCCAUCAACAAACACUGAUAGAGUAGUAUAAAUAAAUACACAACCUGUAAUAAAAAAUAUAACACGUUUGGAAAUGAUUUAUUUGAACAAAAUUAGUUGUCAUAAUCGACCUACGCACGACUUUGCUCUAGUGACUUCUUUUAUGAGACGGUCUAAUUCGAUAUUCUUCGUUAUUUCAGCUUCGAUGUACAACGUAGCCAAAGCAUUUAUGUUUUUGUGAUAUGGCUGAUCUUACGUAAUUCUCUAGUCGUCGUAAUACCGAAAAUGUGAGCAUUAUGAAUUUCAUCCCAGAUUGACAUAUGGUCUAAAGAAGUCUAUUACAAGUUAGCAUCAAAAGAUAAGAAUUUAUGUAUUUAAUGCCUUAAAAAUUAGUCCUUAAAUUCUCCUUAUCAUUUCCCAAUUGCUCCUCUGCUUUUAUACAAUGAUUAAAAAAUAAUAAUAAAAACAUCAAAACAUUUUA